CGCUAGUGUCAGUCAUUCAAAGGAGAAAAUCGGUCACGCGCUUCAAAGGAGAUUAAACAUGAGUAAAUAAAAAAUAUGGACGCAUUGAGUCGUUUACCUAUAAAAAAUCAUACAGAAACACCGAUUCGUUCACGAAUAGCUCUCUCUUAAUUCCAGGUGUCCGAAAGGUGUAUUACAGGUCAUGUUGUUGUAGAAAACAAAAGUGAACCAGGAAGUAAACAACUUUAAGCGUAACAUUUCGCGUAGUCACGUUUCUCAGUGCAGAACUUGAUAAACGCGUGAAAAUGGUCUUGGAGAACAUUUUCUUGUCUUUGUCCUCAGUGCAGUGGACAGAUGCAGGGACUGUAUUACUGAUGUUCGUCAUCUUUCUGCUUAUCUCAGACCUGUUGAGAAACAGAAAGCCUAAAAACUAUCCCCCUGGACCCACACCUCUCCCCUUUAUUGGGAAUAUUUUCAGCCUGGAUUUUAAACAACCACAUAUUCAGUUAACUAAGCUGUCAGACCAUUAUGGCAACAUUUUCAGCUUGCAGCUGGGAAACUUGAACACUGUGGUUGUAAAUACCUACAGCAUGGUCAAGAAAGCUCUUAUUGAUCAAGCAAACAUUUUCACAGGCCGCCCAACCAAUGAUGUGCUCAAAAGAAUAAUCAAGUGCCAAGGUGUAACUUUCAAUACUGGCUACAGCUGGAAGCAGCAGAGGCGUUUUACUCUCAGUACGCUUAAAUACUUUGGCGUGGGAAAGAGAAGCCUGGAAGUCAUCAUCAUGGAAGAGUACAAAUUCCUUCACCAGAUCAUCAUGGAUACCAAUGGGUUGCCAUUUGACCCUCAUUACGUUAUUAACAAUGCUGUCUCCAACAUCAUCUGCUCCAUGGUAUUCGGCAGGAGGUUUGAGUACACUGACCAAAGGUUUCUGAACAUGCUCAGUCUGAUGUCUAAAGCCCUUAAACUACAAACGUCUGUGUGGAUACAGCUUUACGGUGCUUUCCCUCGUGUUAUGGACCUCUUCCCAGGACCUCAUAAGGACCUCUUUUCCUGCUUCCAUCAAGUUCGUGCUUUUAUUAAGGAAGAGGUGGACAAACAUUAUGCAGACUGGGACCCCUCCUCGCCCAGAGAUUUUAUAGACUGCUAUCUUACUGAGAUCCAGAAGAGGAAAGAUGAUUUGGAAGCAGGAUUUCAUGAAGAGGGUCUGCAAUAUGCUGUACUUGAUUUGUUUGUGGCAGGAACUGAGACCACAUCUACCACUCUACUGUGGGCCUUUGUAUACAUGAUGAAAUUCCCAGAAAUACAAGAAAAGGUUCAAGAAGAAAUAGACAGAGUAGUUGGACGAUCACGUCGACCCAACAUGGAUGACAGAUCCAGCAUGCCAUACACUGAUGCAGUUAUCCAUGAGGUCCAGAGAAUGGGCAAUGUUGUGCCACUUAGUGUGCCAAGAAUGACCAAUGAAGACACAAUUUUGGAAGGAUAUUUCAUUCCAAAGGGUACACAGAUCAUUCCUAACCUGACCUCAGUACUGUUUGAUCAGACCAAGUGGAAGGCUCCACAUUCAUUUGACCCACAGAAUUUUCUUAACGCUCAAGGCCAGUUUGAAAAACCUGAAGCUUUUAUUCCUUUCUCAGCAGGAAAACGAUCUUGUCCAGGAGAAUCGCUUGCCCGUAUGGAGCUCUUUCUCUUCUUUACAUCAUUGCUACAAUCCUUCACUCUGUCUCCUCCAGAGGGAACACAAGCAUGCUUGGAUUUUAAGUUUGGAAUGACACUCUCUCCAAAGCCAUUUAGAAUAAUUUUCACUCCUUGUUGAUUGUUUUAUACAUUUUACAUCAUUGCGCCAUAUUUACAAGUGGAAUUUACUGUUUGUUCAACUGAGAUUGUUGAAAAUGAUCUAUAACCAAUUUUACUGUUUCUUCAACUGAGAUUGUUCAAAAUGAUCUAGAACCAGUUUUACUGUUUCUUCAACUGAGAUUGUUCAAAAUGAUCUAGAACCAAGUAAAACUGCAGCUUUUAGACAAAUAAAGUGGGUAACCUUUAGAAAAUGUCUCUUAUUUAUCCCUUGAUACCACACUAUCAUAACAUCAGACAAGUUAAAACUGAGAAAGCUAAAUUAGCUAAAUAUUUUUAUAUUUUGUUUAUUACACUUUACUGUAUAUUAUAAAUUUUUCUUAAGUAUUUUUGUAUUGUCCUUGUAAGUUAUGUUUGUUCCCUUUCUACCCUGUCAUUCUCGAGAGGAGUAAACAUAAGACGUAAAC